AUGGAAAGCAAUGAGUCAGCUGCUGCCGUUUUGCUUCCGGCACGAAAUCUCACCCCGGCGAAAGGGGAAUGCACCAACGAGCUCCCCACCGUGCAGGAAUACCUCGAUGGUUUGAACUACCCGAUCGCUUGCAUUAUCGUCGCCACGGUGCUGCUGAGCAUUGCCACCUUUAGCAUAUUCUUUAAAAAUGCCUACCACAUCCUGCACCGCACGCCGAAACAGUUUAAAACCAAGUCCAUACUGCUGUUAACCAUCUACCCGCUGGUGACUCUCUUCGGUGUAGUGUCAAUCUCCGUACCGAGAGCCUAUUUCCUGUGUGACACGGUAAUGCAUGUCUACUUCAUGAUCUGCGCCUAUGUAUUCUUCAGCCUCUGCAUGCAGUAUGUUGACGGGGAAGAUGCACUUAUCAAGUCGACGGAUUCGCAAACUUUUUCCCUACGUACUCCGCCAUUCUGUUGCCUGGUGCCAUUAUUUAAACGACAACCCGUGACAAAAACUAGAUUACGAUUCGUGCGAAUGCUAAUCAUGCAACUACCGGUGGUUCAAACGGCUCUCUUCUUGGCUCUUAAUGUUGUGUUUGUUGAAGACUAUGCUAAUUUCAACCGUAUUAUCCUAUAUUUUGUGCCAUUGAUUGUUGUCUCUAUUCUGUUGGGCGUUUGGGGGCUGAACGUUCUCGUGCGAAUGCUUUCGCCGUUAUAUUCGGAUCUCAAAUUGAUGGGAAAAUAUUUUGUGUUGCAAGCCGUUCUUAUACUUUGCCGAAUACAACCACUUAUCAUAGCAGCCAUUGUCGGUAGCACGAUUGCCGAAUGUGCCUUUCCCAUGACGCUGCAGGUUCAGAAAAAUGCUGUUUUUCAAAUGUGUCUUUGCUUCGAAAUGAUGCUACUGUCCUGUUGGGCGUCCGUGCUUUAUAAGUUUCCUUCAGUCAUCGGACAGUGAUAGACGCAAGAUUCCAUUAAACGUCGUCUGUUCCCUGAAGUGUUGCGAUAAUGAAAAUGACAAAGAAUAGCACAGCUAUACAUGCUGACAAA